UCCACGGACAGUGGCUGUUUUCAAUUUCUCAAGCCUCUCUUCUUCUUCUCUUCCUACAAAACCCGUACCUUUUGAGGGUUUUUGAUUCUUUUGAAUGAAACCCACAACAAGAAAAGGAAAGAGAAACUAAAGAGAGAUGAAUGCAAGUUCCUUCAGAAAUGGCUGCAAGAGCAGUGGUUACUCCAUUUACCAAACCUUCAUUUACAGACAAUCCACGACGUCGGAGUUUAUUAGAGCAGUUACUCCGAUUACCCGUCGAGAAAGCUUCCACCAAACAAGGGCUUUCUUCAAGUCAUCAAAUUCAUCUGUUUUGAAGAAAGCAAAAGAUCUUGAAGGGUUGUCUCCUAUGAAUCUGAUCAAUUCUUCUAAAACUGGUAGUACUCUUGUAAGUUGGUAUUUGGGAAUGGUAAAAACUCGCCCUGUUCUCACUAAAAGUGUCACUUCUGCACUUAUUUAUGCCGCAGCCGAUUUGACAUCUCAGACAUUAAUCUCUACAGAAACAUAUGAUGUGGUGAGGACAUUAAGAAUGGGGGUGUAUGGAUUGUUGAUUUUGGGACCAACACUUCAUUAUUGGUUCAAUUUUAUGUCAAGAAUCCUCCCUAAGAGAGAUAUGAUUACAACCUUCAAGAAGAUGUUUCUUGGUCAAGCUGUUUAUGGUCCCUGUAUGACCGUUGUUUUCUUCUCAACAAAUGCAGCCUUACAAGGUGAAAGUAGGGGAGAAAUAAUAUCAAGGUUGAAAAGAGAUGUUGUUCCGACGAUGUUAAGUGGCAUAAUGUAUUGGCCAUUUUGCGACUUCCUAACCUUCAAAUUCUUCCCAGUUCACUUACAGCCACUAGUGAGCAAUUCAUUUUCAUACUUAUGGACUAUCUACUUAACAUACAUGGCAAGUUUAGAGAAAACAGCAACCGUCGCUUGAAUUCAACCAGACUCAUUUUAGUCGAGGCAAUCUACAAUGUUUUUAACAUCUUGUUUAUGUAAUCAAGUUGAUAAUAUCACUAGUCGAUCUGAUUGUUGUUUCUGUUUCGUAGUUGUUACUGUAUGUUGACUAUUUUGCUAAAGAAAACCUGUUCAUUUAGUUGUGUG